GAUUUUGCUGCAUCAUGAACACUGACAUCAUGAACGAGAGCUUUGAUUUAGUCAUUUGUGAUUGAACAACUAAACUUGCCAUAAAUGGGAUUACAUUAUGCCUACGAAGCGAAAGUCUUACAGAGCCAAGAAGGAUGUCAACUAUACUGACAGUACUAGUAACUCAAAUUAUGAAAGUGAGGACGACUUUGAAAAUGAAUUUGAACCACGGCCGAAGAAAAUCAAAAGUAAUCAAGUUAUCACAAAGGAUGCUAGGAAAUCUGGAAAGGUUGAAAGGAAAACACCAUUAAAAAGACUUUCUGUUGAGGAAAAACUGUAUAAAAGAGAUAUAGAUAAGGCUAUUCGAAUUUCUCUUUCCAACCCAACUUCGAUCGAUGAAGAAAAAAAUGUUGAUGGGGAAGAUAAUGCAUCUAAAUCAGAAGCAUUUAGAGAUAAUGAACCUAGGCAGAAGACUACCAUACAAGAAGGUGCAGGUGAAAAUUAUGACGAGAAACAAGGCAGUGAUUAUAGCGAAGAUGAAGGGAGAAGAACACCCGCUUCGAAACGCAGCAAGCUGGAGAAGGCACAAACUAUUGGAGACAACAAAAAACUAACCGAAAAAGGGCAGUCUGUUGCCCCGUCAGUGAAAAUCCCGGCAGGAAAUAUUAAUCUUCGAUCUCUUGGUCUUGGCGGUGUUCAAAUAAAAAAGCCUGGGCCUCCAUUGCGUGUUGGUCUAUCACGAUAUAUGAAAGUCAAACCGUUGCACAGUAAAGUGCCCGUUUCUCAUUAGAAGGUACAAUAAUUAUAUUUAUAGUGUGUAAAUAUAUAGUGAUUUUAACCGUAUAGCAGGACAGAUUACACGCACAAAAAUGUGUGAUGUACCGCAUGGGGGGGGGGGAUUUCAAUUAUUUUAAGUUAAACGUUCUUACAAGCAAUGUAAAUGACUGUACCAUAUGGCAUUUUAGCUGAAGACGUAACGUGUUUUUCAAAUGCACUGGAAAUGUUAAUGACUGCAACUGGUAGUUACUAUUGUCGAUAAGGUUUUUUGUUUAAGGGUUUUAAAGCCAUUAGCUUUAGCUUUACAUCGGCGAUCAGCCCCAAAGUGAACACUUUAUGCCGAUUAGCUAACGUAUGGACUGGAUUUGCACAAUUCUUUUUAGUUUAAGAAAUGCAUUCUAUUUUUCAUUUCAAACUUAACCGUUCAUUAAGCUAAACGGAUUUUAAACAACCACCUUCAAACGUAGUUCCUUCGUUGUAUCCUGUGGAAAAGUCAUAGACACAGUGACAUUCUGAGAUUACGUUCACACACAUGCAAAACGUAUCACUGGAUGAUUCUACCAUCUCGUAACCAUACCUUUGGGUAUUUUUCUCGAAUGAACUGCGAUUUCUGCGUCACGCCCAGAGAGUGAUGCAGGUGUUAGCUGUUAGCUCGAAUACAAGUGUUAGCUUUGACUCGUUUUUUCAUCUCACCGGUUUAUCCAUACGGAUUAUUUCUUUGAUUUAAAGAUUGCAUGUCGUGCGGUUAAGCUAACUCUCAUCACUAUAGGAUUUCUCUCUCUCUAUAUAUAUAAAGAGUUUAAAAUCAGUGUAAACUAUUUUAGUUGUAUGCCAUUGUAUAUUUGUUAUAAUAAAAUGAAUCAAUGCGUUUUUCGAGUAUUAGAGUAUCAGGAUAUGUUAUAUUGUCAAUUAAGAGGUUUUUAUACACGUACUUCAGUGCACGUCGAACAAUUAAACGUGUUAAAUGUCUCAGAAUCCCCUUUUUUUUUUUCAUAACUAGGUUUUGCACAAGUAAGAUAGCCAUUCAAAGAUUAGAACCUCAUUAUAAUUUUCCUAUAUUGACAGUUUUUUAACCAAGCAUGUUUGUCAAAUAUAAGGCCCUGGGUUCAAAGAA